UUUGAGGGGGAUGUUUUGGAAGAGGAGGAAGAAUUGGAAGAACUCAGCCUGUAAGUACAGAACCUCCAAUAUGUCUUUAUUGCAAAAUUGGCCACAUAAAUAUGGGAAGUGCAGGCUCCACCGAAGAACUGAAGCAGCUGGCACUUUUCGAGCUCCAACAGCACCUUAUCAGCAACAGGUCCGGACCAGAAUUUUUUACACCACCCCCACCGCAACUCCAGCCGUUGUCCAGUUACCAGGCACGAAAGGAGGGGAAGCCUUAAGCGACUGUGGAAAACUGCAGCCUUGACCCAGAUGUUGCCAUUAGAUGAACCACUCCAACCCUUCCAGCCUGGUGACUGGAUCUGGAUCAAGUCAUUUUCCAAGGCUUCGCCACUGGCUCCUUCCUGGUCAGGCCCAUUCCGGAUUCUUUUUACACCACACACAGCGGUCAAGGUUGCUGAGUGCGGUACCUGGAUCCAUCACAGCCACAUCAAGCCUGCUGUCAUUGACCACAGCCAAGACAUUGCCAGUCCUAUUCCAGCUCUCAAGUUAAGGAGAAACCCAGAGGAAGACAAGUGGUCCAUUGCCAACCUGUUCCAGGAAGUCUGAUGAACAUCUUCCAAGAACUGUGUGAAUCACACAUUGCUUGCUAUUCAGUAUUAUUAAUUUGUUGCCUUAUUUUUGUUAUUUUCCUGUGUCUCUGCUGUGCAAAACCUUUGUAUCAGAAAUAUUGGUGUGGCCAAUCUAAAGAAGUACGAUGGUGGGCCUCCUACAACCUGUGCCCAACAACUUCCAUGGGGCCACGGCCAGUCUAAUGCUGAUUCUUACCAUAUGUACUUCUCUCCCUACGGUACCCAGAAUGUGUUGCUUAUGCUUUGCUUGUAGACAACAGAAAUGUGCUGUUCCAUAUAAGUACUUACAGCCAUAUUUUACCGUUACCCUAUACCAGCCCAUAGCCUCUUGUGAUACAGAAGAAAUUGUAGUUACAGUUCAAGAAGGUCAACAAGUGUGUAUUUCUCCCUUAGUCCCUCAGUAUGCGAAAUUCAAAGUCCUAUGGCAGAAAAACUACCCCAUACAGAAAUGGGGUGUAUUAUCCCAUGUCAGUCCAUUGCCUGAAUGGGAAACAGAUAUAGCUCAAAACCAAAUGUUAUACAACAUGUAUCCAUCCUUCCAUAUUCCUUUCCCAGACCUUGUUAAAGAACAUAACUCAGUACUUGGACUCCUGCAAUUUACGGCCACCCAUCUAAAUCUGAAGACCUAUUGGCUAUGUUUGCUUUCAGGUAUCAUCCCCCAAGAUUUAUUACCUUUUAGAGUGCUCCCACUCACUCCCAUGGAAUUAACAUCCCCUUAUCGAUUGGAUGAUGACACACUCCAUGAGAAUAGUACAUGCUGUGACUAUCAAAUUCCCAGUAACACAUAUUGGUCUGUAACACCCACUCAAGGGUACCAUUGUGUUGUUAGAAAUUGCACAACAACAAGUUGUACCAUUUUGGGAAUAAGCAGGUGCAAAUGGACACAGCAUUGGUGGACUCAUUCUGUGUACAAUGGUCCAAUAGAUUGCACCAGAUGGUACCCCAAAUGGAAUCAGACCUGUGAGACUAAACAACAUGAUUUACACUGGCCACGACGAUGUGAGUUAGCAGGCCAGCCCUGCUGGGAGAAAAAUAUAACUGAGGGUUUACAUUGGUUUAAUGAGACAAAACUUGGCUGGAAAUCUGCAACUGGUUUUGUUACUGGCUUUACACCAUUCUUCUUAUCAAAUACAUCUUGGGCAUUUAGUGUCUCAAAAUGCAUAGAGUCCAGUCAACUGGGAGUAUAUCGAUGUGGGGAUUCACAUGUUUGGAAUAGGUGGCCAUGGAGAGGGUAUUAUGAAGAACCGCCCUCCUCAAGGUACACCUAUGAAACUUAUCAAGGGUAUGCCCCGAAUGGAAAGGAAGCAUAAUCAGGACAUUAUUUGAUUUGUGGCAACAAGGCUUAUAAAGCCUUACCCAAAAAUUGGGCUGGGAUCUGUUACAUUGGGACAUUGCUUCCUCCUUUUCAUGUUCAUUCUCAUGAUGCUCCUGCCAUUUAUCACCCUCACCUUUAUUACUGAUUGGUGGUCGUGGUGUGGUCCUGGCUUCCUAAUCUUGGUGGGUUAAGAAGUCUUGCUGUUAGUCUUAUAAGCCUCAUCUUCUGUCUUGUUCUAAUAUGCUGCUGUUUCCAGUGCAUAGGUAACCUGCCUGGUGUUAUGAGCAUGUUUUUCUCUUGGUGUAAACCUCAAGCAGUUAAAAUGCAGAUGCUGACUAUGAAUGACGUUAAUGAAAUACAAGCAAAAAUUGAUGCCAAAUAUUACCAGAAUUCCCACAAGUGACCCUCUGAUAUGCAGGCAUUCAGAAGGGUCUAAGGGAGGAUUGUUGAGAUUUUGGGGCUCACAAACCCAUUUCUCCCACAAAUCUAUUUCUCCUGUCUUUGUGAGUGCUCAGGGAAGCUUGUUCUGAGUUACUUUUGCUCUACAAUUCUACAGCCAGCACACACUGACACCUUAGUGAAGGCCACUUUCACUUGCUAUCCUAUGUUAUGGCUUCAAGCCUUCUGGCAAAGAAAACACUGAUGCUAAGCAGGCUGAUAACACUUGUUCAGCAGACUUGAAAACUAUUGUAGAGUAUACACAAAGAGCAAUUUGAAACUAUUGUAACUGGAACUUAGCCAGCAAGUGUGAAUGAUGGAGUGUGCCAUAUAUGGUGUGUUUCCUGCAACCUCAGUGCCUGAGGGUAUAAGAAACCCGUGUCUAAUGUCUAUUGCUGGUCGACCCCACUCAUCCUGCUGAUGAGUGUGAG